GUCUUCUGCCUCACUGAAUGUCUUACCGGUGGAUUUGACAUCGCUGCUCCUCAAAUUGAUUUCUUCCAUUUUUUACUAGCAUUAUUUUAUAUAUUUUUUUCUGCUUUUGGCUUCUAUGAAUUAAAGAAAUGGAUGACAGUCCCCUGCCUCUGCUGACAUUGCAAACAGCACCUUACUAUGAUCAGAAACCAGGAACCAGUGGACUAAGAAAGAAGACUUGUUGUUUUGAGACCAAGGCAAAUUAUUUACAGAAUUUCAUCCAAAGUAUUUUAUUCUCCAUAGACCUGAGAGAUCGGCAAGGAUCUACCAUGGUGGUUGGAGGCGAUGGUAGAUAUUUUAAUAAAUCUGCAAUAGAAAUUAUAGUGCAAAUGGCUGCAGCAAAUGGGAUUGGGCGCUUAGUUAUUGGACAGAAUGGUAUUCUCUCUACACCGGCAGUAUCCUGCAUUAUCAGAAAAAUUAAAGCCAUUGGGGGCAUUAUUCUGACCGCUAGCCAUAAUCCAGGGGGCCCAAAUGGAGAUUUUGGCAUCAAGUUUAAUACUUCGAAUGGAGGUCCAGCACCUGAAGCCAUUACUGAUAAGAUUUUCCAGCUCAGCAAAACCAUAGAAGAAUAUGCUAUUUGCCCUGAUCUUAAAGUAGAUUUGACUACUAUUGGAAAACAACAGUUUGACUUGGAGAACAAAUUCAAACCAUUUACUGUGGAGAUUGUAGACUCGGUGGAAGCCUAUGCAAACAUGCUGAGAAAUAUAUUUGACUUCAGUGCCUUAAAAGAACUACUUUCUGGACAGAACAGACUUAAAAUUCGAAUUGAUGCAAUGCAUGGAGUUGUUGGCCCUUAUGUGAAAAAGAUCUUGUGCGAAGAAUUGGGAGCUCCUGCCAAUUCUGCAGUCAACUGCAUACCGCUAGAGGAUUUUGGUGGUCACCAUCCCGACCCAAAUUUGACAUAUGCUUCUGAGUUAGUGGACACCAUGAAGACUGGGGAACACGACUUUGGAGCUGCCUUUGAUGGAGAUGGGGAUCGCAACAUGAUUCUUGGAAAAAAUGGCUUCUUUGUUAACCCUUCUGACUCUGUUGCUGUGAUAGCCGCCAACAUUUUUAGUAUUCCUUACUUCCAACACACCGGUGUUCGUGGCUUUGCAAGGAGUAUGCCAACAAGUGGUGCCCUUGACAGAGUGGCAAAAGCUACAAAGAUUGCUUUAUAUGAAACUCCAACUGGGUGGAAAUUCUUUGGAAAUUUAAUGGAUGCUAACAAGCUGUCCCUGUGCGGAGAGGAAAGCUUUGGAACUGGCUCUGACCAUAUUCGAGAAAAGGAUGGACUUUGGGCAGUUCUCGCAUGGCUAUCAAUCAUUGCCACACGCAAACAGAGUGUGGAGGAAAUUCUAAAAGAUCACUGGCAGAAGUAUGGUCGUAAUUUUUUCACACGAUAUGAUUAUGAAGAGGUUGAUUCUGAAGGAGCUAACAAGAUGAUGAAAGACCUUGAAACAUUGAUGUUUGAUCGCGCAUUCAUUGGUCAGCAGCUUUCUGUUGGGGAUAAAGUUUAUACUGUUGAAAAAGCAGAUAACUUUGAGUAUAGUGACCCUGUUGAUGGAAGUAUUUCAAGAAACCAGGGAUUAAGGCUUAUUUUUGCUGAUGGAUCUCGAGUCAUCUUUAGGCUUAGUGGUACAGGCAGCGCUGGAGCUACCAUUAGAUUAUAUAUUGACAGCUAUGAGAAGGAUUUACAGAAAAUAUAUGAAGACCCUCAGGUUAUGCUGGGCCCUCUUAUUACUAUUGCACUUAAGAUCUCAAAGUUACAGGAAAGAACAGGUCGCUCAGCUCCUACUGUUAUCACAUAAAGUGGUAUAAGACAUCCAGUAAACUUACUGGACUUCCAUAGCGAUCCAUCCCAUACCUGUUCCCUCAGUCUUCCAUCUCUGUGCCGUAGUGUGUUUAUUGCUAUUCAUGUUCCAGUGACCUAAGCAGAUAAAAGUACAGAAAUUUUGAAAUUUU